CUUAGAAAGAGGUCAGUGCAGAAUGUGUCGAAACCGCCAGGCUUAGGGAGAUGCUGAAGACUUCGGAGGACAUUUAAAGGCACGAAUGGAUUGUAACCUGUGGAAAAAGGGACCAGAGAGAAAGAUGUGACAUUAAUUUUUCUCGCUGGCAUGAGACGACAAUGAUGAUGGCAGAGAAAGGGUCACGGAUGGGCACUCUUAAAUUCACAAGCAUCAUAGUUUGUGCUGUUUUACUAGGACAAGCAACCCCUGAGCAGACAGGAGGUGGUAAAGAGGACCAGAGGAACGCUAUUUUGAAGGAGAUCCUUUCGAAAUGGAGUAAAGGAAUCCCUUUAAAUGAACAGAGAGCACCUCCAGAAACAAACAAUGACCAGUCUGUGCCCACUUGGGUGAGGAAUAUCAUGGGGAGCUUAAAAACUCUCGGUCUACUUCCCAGCAAGAGCCUGCCGUCAUUAAAAAAGCCAAUUGACAGACACCGUCUGUCUGGUUUCCUCUACAACAUCUCUUUGUACCUCCAAGAGAUGGGUGCCGAGCUGGAGGAUGUCCCGGCAGAGCCAGAUGAGGAGCAGCUGUGGGAGAAAGUGCUGCAUUUCUUCCUCCAGUCUGAAGGGAAUGUUGCACUGAACCAGUGGAACGGCCGGGUGCCGCCUCGGCCCAGUAUCAGAGUACAGGACUGGUUUUUGUCCCUGAGGGGCAGCCCGCACUGGGACUGGUUCUUGGGGCUUCUGCAGAGUCUUAUCAGUCUGUCAGAGCGUCAGCCCCACAAGCCCAUGUUGACUUUCUUAUCUCAGAACUGGAGGACAGUGAGCGCCGUGCUGGAAGCUACGCUUCAGGCUCUGGUCAGUGGAACGUAUGGACAGGCCAGCGCAGGCCUGCAAGGGUUUAUCUGUGCUCUCAAGGGUCGUAAUGACUGCGCCUUCAGCGUUAGCUGGCUUCAGCAGCUGCUGCAGUUCUUAGAAACACACAACUGGAAGCCUGUGGUCAGUUUACACCCUGCAGGGGAAGCAUCUGAGCACAGUAAGAGCUCGAGCACAUUCGGACGUUUAAAACCCUUUAGCUUGCCCCCUGAGGCCAGGUGGCAGGAUGGGUUGUCUGGCAAUGCAUCCAUGGAGGAUAUGACGGCCACGGAGGCUGAGCAAGACUCCAUGCAAAGUUUACUGCUCCAGGCUUUAACGCGGUCAAGUGGAGGAGAGCGAGGAGGCCAUUUGCCACAGAAAAAUUUAGCUCUUGUCCAGAGUUUGGAUGGGCUGAGGAGGGGUCUUCUGCACAGAGUGGGGAGUUCAGUCUAUGGUAACUUGAGGGAGAAAGUGUCACGAGUUACCACGGCGCUGCUUGAUGAUGUGAGCAGCCUGGUGGACGUUCCACAGCCCAACACUCAGGGCCGGUGCUCAGUCGGCGACCUGAGACAGCUGAUCUUAUGGGGAAUAAGACAUAAUGUGAUGUGGAACACUCAAGCUUUGGGCGUUAGCUCCCAGGGCCUCCCAAACUCACUGCCAUUCCUGUCCUGCCCCUCAACUGAAGGAGACGAGCUAAGAUCAAAACAGACACCACUCCGGUCAUCUCCAAAAACAGCCCCCUCUUCACAAAGAAUCUCUAAACAAAAACGCCUGCUUGAACUUUCUACAGCAUCUCACAAUUCCCAGUUGACCCGCUUACAAACAGGCUUUAUAGCAGAGAGCAACAACCAACCAAAAGAGAUGGAGUACAUCACCUCUACAGAAAUCCUGGAGGCAGCGUGUAAUGAGUCCAUUCCAGGCUUGACUGGCGUAUCCAACUUCACUGUUUUCCUGUAUUGCAAACUGUUUGAAGGGGAGAAUGGGUCAGUUAAUCCCGAAAUGGCUCAGAUGGGGCUCGACCUACAUGCUACAUGCUCUGAUGCAGCGUGGUACCUGUCUGCUGCUGAGGAGGACUACCUUUGGGUUCACGUCUGUAGUGAGUUCUUUGCUCAUGAAUUCAACAACACUGUGUGUGCCAACUCCUCUUUCUGGUUGCAGAGAGCACAUCAGGCGGCAUUGACAAAAGACUAUAAUUUUUUCAACCACACAAAUAUAGAUGACCUCUGUGUGCAGCUUUCAGUCGAGUCGAUCGAGAGUCCAGGACUGAAUGACGAGUGUCUGACUCAGUUAGGUAGCAGGUCACUCAGUGCCCAGGCUUUCAGAGACUGCUUUCUGCCCAACAACUCAGUCUUGAUGUCAGCUCUGUGUGGCAGAGACUCCCCUGACUCACAACAGCCUUUGCAAGAGGGCAGCUGGGCUGCAGCAUACUGCUCCAAGAUACAAAACUACUCCCAUGGUGACACUUGUCACUACAGGAAUUGGACUGUGCAUCAUUUCACCAACUCCACCCUCCUGGAGCUCUGUGGACACACACAUGGACUGAGAGAGUACAUUUGUCUAAAUGCCACACUCUACCACCAGCUGUUAAAACUGAAGCCGCUGUUAGAGGAUGUCUGUGCUGAUCUGCAGGCAGAGCAGGAAAGUAGGAAAUGCUUCCUGCAGAGGUUUUUUGACAUGCUCCCAGCACCAUAUGAGUUUGACACAUCCCAGUUGUGUGUGGACCCAGCUCCUCUGCUGGUGGAUGUCCUGCAUAAGCUGAGUGUGUGUGAGGUUGAGGGAGGAGACCGUGAAUGGUUUUUAGUGGCGCUGGGGUAUGUGUUGCGAGUCUUGGACUUCAUGGUGGGUCUCUCUUCAGGCUUGGAUGAAGGAGAAAGAGAGGCGAGACAAGGCCUGGGUCAGGCCAUCCUUCUCUCCAGUCUCCUUGACAACACAUCCUGGGCCUCAUUGCAGCCAGAGGCCUCCACCAGUGUCCUUCACACUGUGGGAGUCUUCCUGCGCAGAGAGGAGAAUACAACUCUAAAGGAAGACUUGCUGAGCUGCUUUAGUCCUGUCCUGUGGGACCUCAUCCAGCAGGAUGACAACUCAUCUGCUCUCAGGGUUCUGCUGCAGGAGUACCUCCAGAUGCCAAGAGACAGCAUUCGUACUCUUGUGAUGUCUGCUGAAAAAGAUGCAGUGAAGAGAUUUAUCUCUCAUAUGCAUCAAAGUUGGGACCAGCUUCAGGUUGAAACCAGCCAGGCCUCUCAAAAAGAGUUGCAGGCCAUGGAAACAAUGACAGCUGCUUUCAUCCAUAAGUUCCCCCGAGUGACCCCAGAGCUGUUUGUAGACCUUUCUCAGUUCAUUCCCUUCAUGUCUGUCUCUGACAUAAUGAGCUUCCCAGCUUCCCUGAUUGUCAAUGACAGUGUGUUGACAGCCAUUCGUGACCACAGCUCUGGGAUGAAAUCGCCCCAGAAAAAGGCCUUUGUAAAAAGACUCCUGCAGUCAAGUGUGGUGGGUGAUGUCCCCACAUGGCCACCGUACUUUCUCAGUUCCAUCCUCCCUCUUCUGCCUUACCUCCCAAUCAGUCAUUUUCAGCAGCUGACAUCGCAACAGCUCGCUCCUUUGGUGGAGUUGCUAGGAAACAGCAGUCUGGAUGGUAUAAGGGGGCGCCAUGUGCUUCGGACGCUCUUCAAUAAGAAGAAAAAUCUGACCAGCGAUGACGUUCUGAGAUUAGGAGUCCUCACAUGCUACCUGGAUCCAGCAGACCUGGAUCCAUAUCUCCAUGACCCAGCUGUGUCAUCGGCUCUCUGGCAGCAUCUGUCCCAGUGCAUGUCCAAAGGAUUCAUCAGUGCUGGCGGCAGGUUGUCGUCUUGGUUGAUACCAGCAGUUCAGACCAUGAAUGUCAGCAGCAUGGCUUCUCCUGAGCUGUCUGCUCUCAGUGGUCUCCUGCCCCAGUUAGGAGCCUCCUUCCUGCUGUCUGUCCCCACACAGCAACUCCUGGAAGUCCUGUCACAGCCAGGUUUACCUAGGUACCCUCCAGCACAGGCAUUUCAGCUACUAUCCAAGAUUUCAAAGGACACCAACCUCACCAUGGAAGAACUGUGCAGGCUGAAGCCGUUACUCUCUGGCCUCUCCCCCGCUGUGUUUGCAGACCUCCAGUGGACUGAGAUCAGUGAAGCGGCCUACUGCCAGUGCUGGAGAGUGCUGCUAACUGAGCUUGAACCUGGCCACAGAGCCAUGCUAUACAAUGCAAUGCAGGAGGCUCUACGUAGAGACUUGAGGAACAUCACUCAGCAGGUAAACUGUCUUUUACCAUUUGUCCCUCUGAGGAAGCUGAUACAGGCCAUGGAUGGAGAAACCAUUGUGAGAGGCAUCAGCAUGUACAGAGACAUUCACUGGUCGCCACAGCAGACGCAGUUUUUGUUCAGUAAGAUUUGUGAAGUUGAAAACAUUACCAGCAAGUCAGUAAGCGCUCUACAUCGUAUCGCUGGUGGAAUGAGUUGUGAUGUUUUGAGGCUUUGGACAAAUGAUACAGAUUUUGAAGAGUUGCUUCAGUUUGUUAGUGAGCUGCCUGGAGCCACAAGGCCCGCUCUGCGAAAGUGUAUGGUGGAGGAAUUAAGGAGACAACCUGGACUCAACAUCAGUUCUUUAAGUUCUGGGUUUGCUGCAACUUUACCAGUGACGAUGAUAGAGGAUCUCUCUAAUGCAUCCUUCAGAACCAUUCUCAACCACAUUCAGGCUCAUUUUGCAGAUUUCCUCACACUGCCUCAUUAUAAACAGACAAAUUUAGCUGAGAAGGCUGUCACUGAGCUGGGCUCCUCUCUGGCUGAGGAGCAGAUUGAUGGCGUAAUUCUGGAUGCGCUUGGGCCUUUACUGCCUUUCUUGGACCGAGACAGUCUGGCUCUGGUGGACAGAGGAGCGCUGGCUCUGCGGCUGGAGGAGAUGAAAAAUUUCUGCCUUCCUAAAGAGGCUCUGAGAGAUAUUGGCAACUUGCUCACUCAAAAAGACCUGCUCGGUGAGCCAUCCACAUGGCAAGUUGGGGAUGUUGAACACUUGGGCCGACUGGUGUUUGUUCUGUCAACAAAGCAAAUUAACUCCAUUCCACUGAAAGUGCUGAGUAAAGACUUGGUGGAGCAGGUCCUGGUGGCUCAAAGGCGCUGGGAGGACAGUGUGGUUGGAGCCGUCUGCAGUACUCAGUGUGUGGACCAGCAUCGCCAGAGUCGACGGAUUCAGAGUCUCCUUCGAGGGAUUGUCAAAGCCCGCAGCAGGAGGGCAAAAGUGCCAGUCCCAAGUUGUGCAGACAUUAGAGGGACGUUUCCUGCAGCGUGGACACCCAUUCAGCUCAGCCGCAUGUCCCAGGAGGAGCUGAAACAGUGUGUAGAAGUUUUUGGCCAGGACUUUUCACUGAGCUCCGAACAGCGGCGAGCACUGUGGCUGAAACUGAGGCAGUCCUUCAGUCCGGUGAGAGAGAUGAGGGCAGAUCAGGUGCUGGCACUGGGCUCGGUGGUGACUGCGAUGGGAGAGAGGGAGCUGCAGGACGCCGACCUCACUGAUCUGGGUGUGUUGGCACAUCUGGGCACGAUGACAGACUGGAGCCCAAAAAAGAUGAGAGCUGUGAUUCUGAGCGUGAUGCGGAAACGCAGACUGAAAGUGGAGCAGUUAACGGCCGUCGAUCUGGCAACGUUUGGCCACCUGAUCUGUGGUCUGUAUCCCUCAGAGAUGAAAAGACUGAGCCCUUACAACCUCAGUAUGGCCGUCGUGUUCCUGCGGGAGUCGUCCCUGGCCUGCACCGAACAGCAGAUGGAGGCGCUGACAAUCUGUUUGUCGAGACCGGCGGCCUUUGGUCCAGUUAGUGCCUGGGGACCAGAGAUUUUCACAGAAAUUGGAAUAUUGGCAGCGGGUCUGCCGGACAUGGCGCUGUCAGCUCUGCUGCAAGACCAAAUAGAGGGAAUCACUCCCAAAGCUAUCUCCCUGAUGUCCCCAAAAAAGAUGGCAGUGGUGUUUAGUGCAGUUCAGUUGUCAUGGCUGAGUGCGGAGCAGGCGUGGGCUGUCACUGAGGAGCAGUGGGCAGAGCUGGACACUGAACAGAGACAUGCCGUCGGACUAGCUCGAUAUGAAGGAGACAUCCUGCUGGAGCUGAGAGGGAGAAACUCGGCUCCAGCUGCCCUGAACAGAGACAGCUUCACUUUAUGCUCGCUGGCUCUGAGCCUCUUGUUGUGGCAACUAAUUUAAAAUGCUGGAGCCACAUUUAAUAGCUCCUUUGACCUCCUCCUUGGUAUCAUCAGAUUUGUACUUCAAAUAAAUAUUUUGAACUGUUCUGUUCA